CUGUCUAUAAGACCAUUCCUCGGUUUCUGAAGAAAAGCACAGCGCAGAUUUCUCCGGACCUUUGCACCUGCAUCUGCAACCAUGAAGGCGGCAAGUAUCUUUCUUAGUGCCUUGGUCCUACUCACUUUAGCAGGUAACACUACAGCUAACUUAGUGGGAAAACAGGCCAAUUGCAAUGGUGCAACUAUGGGAUGUCCCAGGAAUUAUGACCCUGUGUGUGGGGCGGAUGGAAUUACUUACUCCAAUGAAUGCAGUCUGUGCUUUGAAAACAGGGCACGCCAGGUUCCUGUCCUCAUUAAAAAAUAUGGACCUUGCUGAAAGUCAAGAUCUUGAACUCUGCUAAGACUACCAUGAUGCUUGACUAGCCUGUCUAUUGAAUAAACACAUCUGAAUAUA